AGGUCGCCCUCAGUCGUGUUUAUCGCGGUUCAAAUAGAAACUUGCCCUCGAUCCGACAGCCCUGGAGCCGGGGUGUCUAUGAAGAGACAACUAUAUCCAACAGCAAUAUGCAUCUCUUUCAGCUCAAAGCAUUGAAAUUAUCACACAAGAACAAGCAUCAAGCCACAGAUGCAUCUUAUCAACAUCAACAAGUUAAACUUUGCUAGAACAUUCAUACAUACCUCGCCACACCCCUGGCCAGCACAGGGCACAUACAUUCCUGGCAUUCCGCCAUCCACCACAACAGCACAGCCCUCAAAACACCACAGCGGCCGCCUGGCAUGGAAUCCCAAGGGAUGCAAAGGGAGUUAUAUAGACGUCGAGUCCACCGGCCAUCACCACGAUAAACACCACCUACCGUACGCCCAGUUUCAACCACAGCAACUUGCACCGCAGCGAUUUUAUACUACUUGCCACCGUUCACGGAAACAAACAUAAUGCGCACCCUUCUCUUGCUCUCCACUAUAACCCUGGCCACAGCCACCAACACCGGGCUGGGGUAUUUGGAGUGUGCUUCUUCCAUCGCCAGCACGUACCACUCAACCGCGUGCACCUCCACCUCCAACCUUGACUGCUUCUGCAAUGCGCCCUUCAACCCAUCCGACUUGGACCAGGCCACCCUGGAUAGCUGUGCGACCGCGGGUGUUCGUAUCCACCGCCAACAUCCCCGACUACGUCUGCAACAACGCCGAAGCCCCGUCUCCGCGCGCAAGGGCAGCCAGCCCAUGAUGAGGGUGGCCAGUGACGCCGACACCACCAACACCGACGCGAACGCCAACGAAGCCCACGCCGACAUCACCGUGACCAUGGACACGACCACCGACGGCAGCACCGGCGAAAACAGCAGCUCCAACUCGACCGCCUCCGUUGUCGUGAACAAGCCCGCCAACAUGGACGCCAGAAUCAACCUGAACACCCCCCGCGCCUACGCUCCGGACCCCACCGCCGAAAGCAAAGUCCACAUGACGGAUGCCUCCAACGCCGACGUCGUGUACAACGUGAUCACGGAGACGGAGACCGAGUGUGCAUGCAAGGAGACCAAGGCGCCUGUCCCCGGCGCUCCUGAUGCUGAUACCGGCGUCGACGCGACUGAGACGGUGACUUCGGCUGGACAGGAUGUCCCGGCUACUGAGGCGAGCACUGCCACUGCCACGGCUACUGUCCCUGCUGCUGUCCCUGCAACUGGCACUGCUACUGCAACGGGCACCGAUACUGCUACGAAGACGGAGACGGCCACCGCUACAGCCACCGGAUCCACCACUCCCUCCGCGGAAUCGGAAGCAAGUGCAACAACCUCCUCACCGAGACUCUUCACAACCUCCACCGCGACAGCUACCUCCACCGUCGUGGCCUCCGGAACACCAGGCCCGCUACCCAGCGGGGUGGAUCCCACCCGGACUGAGACCGAGGAUGAUGGCACUUUCUACGAUGAUGCCAGCAGCCCCGGUACGAGCCAGAGUGGAAACGGACAGGGGGGUGAGUUGUUCGAGGGUGCGGCUGGACGGUCCGUGCCGCAGGCUGUCGGUGUGGUGAUUGCUGCAGGACUGGUGGCGUCGUGGAUGUUGUAA